GCCCCCUGGGGCAAGUGCAGCCUCGGACGCCGCAGGACAUCAGUGUGCAACCUCGCUGCCGGCACAUGUGCGCACGCUCGCUUCCGAGAGCGAAGAAUGAAGCGCUGUCGGCCUCCUGGGAGCAACGGGCGGCGCCGAGCAGGUAUAAAGCUGCUCGACCUCACGCGGACCCCACUGGUCACCACCCUCAUCCUCUGCUCGCCUCGACACAGCUCUCUUCUCCCUUCCUCGUCUCCUCUCCCCCCUCGCCAUGCCGACGGCCAUCUCCUCUGCGCCCCAGGCGAUCCGGCGCAUCUGCUGCGUCGGCGCCGGCUACGUCGGCGGGCCGACGUGCACCGUCAUUGCCCAGAACUGCCCCGACAUCACCGUCACCAUCGUCGAUGUCAAUCCGGUGCGCAUCGCCGCCUGGAACAGUGCGCCGGACGCCGAGGGCCGCCUGUCGGGCCUGCCGGUGUACGAGCCGGGCCUGGCCGAGAUCGUGCUGGCGUGCCGCGGCAAGAACCUCUUCUUCAGCACGGAGAUCGACAAGGCCAUCGAGGAGGCCGACCUCGUCUUCGUCAGCGUCAACACGCCGACGAAGAAGAGCGGCGUGGGCGCGGGCUUCGCCGCGGACCUGCACUACGUCGAGUCCUCGACGCGUCGCAUCGCCGCCGUGGCGACGAGCAGCAAGAUCAUCGUCGAGAAGUCCACCGUGCCGUGCCGCACCGCCGCGUCGAUGCGCACGAUUCUCGAGAGCAACUCGCGGCCGGGCGUGCGCUUCGACAUUCUCUCCAACCCCGAGUUCCUCGCCGAGGGCACGGCCAUCCCGGAUCUGCAGAGCCCCGACCGCGUGCUCAUCGGCAGCCUCGACACCAACGAGGGCCGCGAGGCGGCGGCGCGCCUCAGCGCGGUGUACGAGCACUGGGUGCCGAAGCACAAGGUGUACACGACGGGUCUGUGGAGCUCGGAGCUGAGCAAGCUCGCGGCCAACGCGCUCCUUGCCCAGCGCAUCUCCUCCGUCAAUGCCAUGGCCGCCAUCUGCGAGGCGACGGGUGCCGACGUGGACGAGGUGGCACACGCAUGUGGCCUCGAUGGCCGCAUCGGCCCCAAGUUCCUCAAGGCCAGCGUCGGCUUUGGCGGCUCGUGCUUCCAGAAGGAUAUUCUCAAUCUCGUCUACCUCAGCGAGAGCCUCAGUCUGCCGCAGGUGGCCGACUACUGGCGUCAGGUCAUCACGAUGAACGAGUGGUCCAAGUCGCGCUUUGCCCAGAAGGUCGUGCAGACGCUCUUCAACACCAUCACCAUGAAGAAGGUGGCCGUGCUCGGCUUUGCCUUCAAGAAGAACACGGGCGACACGCGCGAGUCGGCGGCCAUCUCGCUGUGCCGCUACUUCCGCCAGGAGAACGCGCUGGUGACCAUCUACGACCCCAAGGUACCCGAGGCGCAGAUCUGGAUGGACCUGACGGAGCCGGGUGUGGUGGACGACAGCAUCGAGGUGCGCAAGCAAAUCACACUUGCGCCCUCCGCAGUCGCCGCCUGCGUCGAUGCCGAGGCCAUCGUCAUCGCGACGGAGUGGGACGAGUUCAAGGAGCUCGACUGGGCCAGCAUCUACGCGGGCAUGAAGAAGCCCGCCUUCCUCUUCGACGGCCGCGGCAUCGUCGACGCCAAGCUGCUGCGCAAGAUUGGCUUCAAGGUGCACAGCGUCGGCAAGGGCCCCGAGAUCGUCGACCCCGUCUGGGCAUAGGCGUCGCUCUCUGCCUUGUCCUCUGCGUCUUCCAUCUUCCUCUCAGCUCCCUCUCUCCCACAUCUCCGGUUCCGCACAGUCAUCGUUCUUAUCACGCCUCAUGAUCCAGUAAUAGACUCC